AGACAUGAGAUUGAAAGCUGUGUUGCACUGCAGACUCGUGGGUCAGCUCCAUAGGAACAGACGAAGCCAUGGACGUUCAAUUUUGCCUCGCCGACAGUGUGAUCUCAACAAAUCAAUCAAAUCCAGACAUAUAAUACUGACAGAGAACUACUCAACCCCGUCGCUUAUUGUUUUUUUAACUUCCAUUUGACAAAACCUUUCUUCUCCGACCCUCUUCCACUGGUUCGGGAACCGUUCUCCUCCAUUAUUAUUCCACUUCAACCAGUUCUCACAACAACCCGUUGCUCCACUGGGCUCUUCAGACGGUUCUGUGUAAUACCCUGAUGAGAAUUUGAUAAUAUGAAGAGGUUGAACAGAAAUUCCAAUGAUCCGCACAAGUCCACUGGAAACGACGCCGUUUCGCGGGCCCCUGAGCCCAAAUGUGGCUUGAAUCCGAUGAAGUUGAUGGGGAUCUUCGUUGCUUGUUUGAUGAUUCUUUCGGUUCUGUUUUCAGUGUCUGUGAUUUUCAAUGACCCGAUUUAUGAGAGCGUUUGGAUUGGUGCAGAGGCUAGGGUUCUUGAAGUAAAUCCUCAACCAGAAGUCAGAGGAUCACAAGACGAUUCUUCUCAUCCUGCUGAGGUGCCAAAAGAUAAACUACUUGGCGGGCUUCUUGCUGCUGGAUUUGAUGAAAGAUCUUGUCUCAGUAGGUAUCAGUCAGUAUUGUAUGGCAAACCAUUAAGCCACAUUCCAUCAUCUUAUCUAAUAUCCAGAUUACGAAGAUAUGAAGCUCGCCACAAACAGUGUGGACCCUUUACAGAAUCCUAUAACAAAACCUUGGAGCAACUUAAGUCUGGCAAACAGACUGGUCCAUCUGAUUGUAACUAUGUUGUAUGGGUAUCCUUUAGUGGUUUGGGGAACAGGAUACUCACACUUGCCUCGGCAUUUCUUUACGCUCUGCUUACUGACAGGGUGCUGCUUGUUGACCGUGGGGUGGAUGUGGCCGACCUCUUCUGCGAGCCAUUUCCUGAGGUCUCCUGGUUACUCCCCACAGAUUUCCCUCUAACUGCUCAGUUCAGUAGUUUUGAUCAAAAGUUCGUUUACUCUUAUGGGAAUAUGCUGAAGAAUAAUCAUUUUGCCAACUCAACGAAAGUGCCACCUUAUGUCUAUCUCCAUCUGGCCCAUGAUUAUGAUGAUCAGGACAAACUUUUUUUCUGUGACGAAGAUCAAUCUUCUCUCCAGAAAGUUCCUUGGUUGAUUAUGAAAUCAGAUAAUUACUUUGUCCCUUCUCUCUUCUUAUCCGAUUCAUUUGAGCAAGAAUUAAGAAAGCUCUUCCCAGAAAAACAGACAGUCUUCCACUUCUUGGGUCGGUACCUCUUCCACCCAACAAAUCAAGUAUGGGGCCUUAUUACCAGGUACUAUCAAGCAUAUCUAGCAAAAGCAGAUGAAAAAAUAGGAAUUCAGAUAAGAGUCUUUGAUACAGGAGCUGGGCCAUUUCAGCAUGUUUUGGAUCAAAUCCUAGCUUGUACCUUGAAGGAGAAACUGUUACCUGAGAUCAAUCGCCAGGCGAAUACCGUCAGCACGCCUGUGAAACAGAAGAGCACCGCUGUGCUGAUGACAUCUUUGAACUCUGGCUACUUUGAGAGAUUAAGGGACAUGUAUUGGGAAUAUCCAUCGACAACGGGUGAGGUUAUUGGUGUUUACCAGCCAAGUCAUGAAGGGUACCAACAGACUGAGAAGCAGAUGCACAACAUGAAGGCAUGGGCAGAAAUGUAUCUACUGAGCUUAACAGAUAAGUUGGUGACGAGUGCAUGGUCCACUUUUGGCUAUGUGGCUCAGGGUCUUGGAGGGUUGAAACCAUGGAUCCUCUACAAGCCCGAGAAUCAUACAGUUCCGAACCCACCUUGUCGUCAGCUCAUGUCGAUGGAACCUUGUUUCCAUGCCCCUCCCUUCUACGACUGUAAGAAGAAGACGGGGGUUGACACAGGUGCACUUGUUCCUCAUGUGAGGCAUUGCGAAGACAUGAGUUGGGGCCUUAAGCUGUUUGACAAUGAGAAAUGAAUUGUGGGCAUGUUUCUUGUAUGAAUAUGUAUUAGCUUGAAUUUCUUGUAGCAUUUUUAUGUGAUGAUGGGUCCCCCCCAAAAAAAAAAAAAGCCCCUGUUAGCAGGGUUUGAGAACCUAAACCUUCUUUUGUACGGCUCUAUGAUCUAGUACCUGAGGUUGCUUUGAGAUUUUGCUCUCUUGUUUGAGUUAAACAAGUGAGCAUACUGAGCUUUAUCAUAAUCUGGAGCUUUCUAGUUUUCAA